AGCAGAACAAAGAAAGCAGCCGCCGCCGCCGCCGCGCUCAAGUUGCCUUCCAGCUCGGACGGGGCCAAGAGAGCCCACGCGGCUCGUUCAGGCCACCACCUCACUGCGCUCGGUGAAGGAGACCAACCUGUUGCGAGAUCUUCCUUGCCCUCCUCCCCAACUCAAAAAAGUUUUUUUUGGGGGGUGUUUUUCCCCCCACCCCCUGCACCCUUCUGACUAAAAAGGGAAAGGCGGCUUCCACCAUUGGGCAGCUGGAGCUCCCGGGCAGCGCAAUGAAAACUCAGAAAAGUACUGUUGUGGCAGUAUCAGGCAGCGAGACAGAGGACGAUGACAGCAUGGAUGUCCCUUUGGAUCUUUCUUCUUCUGCCAGCUCAGUCAAGAGGAGGAGACGGGGUAAUUUGCCCAAGGAAUCAGUGCAGAUUCUUCGGGAUUGGCUAUAUGACCAUCGCUACAAUGCUUAUCCUUCAGAGCAAGAAAAAGCAUUACUGUCAAGACAGACACACCUUUCCACACUACAGGUCUGCAACUGGUUUAUCAAUGCACGUCGCAGGCUUUUACCUGACAUGCUGAGGAAGGAUGGGAAGGACCCAAAUCAGUUCACGAUCUCCCGAAGAGGGACCAAGAUGCCUGACAGCAGCCCAAUAGAAUUCUCCCUAGGCACAAAGAACUGCCUGCCCUUGAUGGAGGGCUCUUUUCUCUCUGGUAGCACAGGAUCAAACAAGACUUGUAAGCCUCCUUCUCCAGGAUCCAUUUUGGCUCGACCCUCAGUCAUUUGCCACACCACAGUAACUGCACUGAAAGAUGGGCCUUUCCAUUUUGGUCAACCAGCUGGCACAAGGCAGAGCCCCGAUGACUUGCAGCAGGGAUCACCUGCCAGCUUCACAGACAACUCUUUGCUAUACCAUGAGGAUGUGUCUAAGCUGGGACCUAGUACAAAUGCACAGAGUGGGCUUUUUAACACUCCCCCUCCUACUCCUCCAGACCUCAAUCAGGAUUUUAGUGGGUUUCAACUCCUGGUGGACGUUGCACUCAAACGGGCAGCGGAAAUGGAACUGCAGGCGAAACUCAUGGCAUAAAUCUUUCUUCAUGCCUUCCCUUUUCCACUGGCAGAGAUGUAGACAACCACCGUGAUGUUCUAUUACAUCAUAAGAAAAGAAUGAACUGCAUUUUUU